CGCAUUCCCUUCCGCCUUCCGCUCUCCCUAGUUCCUACCAACUCCCGUUUUCUACGGCGAUUCCAAAUUCCCAUCUGCUACUGCUCCACUCCACUCCAGACUCCACUCAACUCCAGGCUCUUGCUCUGCUCCUGUGGGCGAGCGCAAACCCGCCUCGCUUCCCCAAACCCUAGUUCCUCGCUCGCCCGCGUGGCCUGCGAGGCUGCCACCCCCGGAUCAAGUCCGUACAGCGCCCCCCGAGCGCGCGUCCACCCCCUCCCGGACUCCAGCGGCGGCGGGAUGGGGUCUGACUCCAAGGGCUUGCUCGAGAUCGAGCCCCUCGAGCUCCGAUUCCCAUUCGAGACAAAGAAGCAGAUCUCGUGCUCUAUGCAGUUGACGAACAGAACAGAUGACUACAUCGGCUUUAAGGUUAAGACAACGAGCCCGAAGAAGUACUGUGUCCGGCCGAACAGCGGCAUUGUGCCACCUCGGUCCACCAGCGAUGUCAUCGUGGCAAUGCAAGCACAAAAGGAGGCACCACCAGACAUGCAGUGCAAGGACAAGUUUCUUGUGCAAAGUGUAAUUGUGGCGGAAGGGACGUUAGUCAAGGACAUCACUGGACAUAUGUUUCUCAAAGAAUCAGGUAAUGUGGUGGAUGAGGUUAAGCUGAAGGUUGUCUACGUCCCGCCACCCAAACCACCAUCCCCAGUGCGUGAGGGAUCUGAAGAAGGCUCAUCACCCCGAGCUUCAUUAUCUGAUGGUAGUAACUUGAAUUAUCUAGAGAUGCAGACAACGAGGGAAUCUGAUGAGCCACUGUUUUCCGCUGUUAAAACUCACAAAGAUCAAGAAGACUACACCUCUGAGACAUCUGCUUUGAUUUCAAAGUUGACAGAAGAGAGAAACUCUGCCGUUCAGCAGAACAAUAAGCUUCGAGAGGAACUGGACCUUUUGAGGAGGGAAGUCAGCAAGCAGAAUGGUGGAUUCUCCUUUGUGGUCGUGGUGGCCAUUGCUCUCCUGGGAAUGCUACUAGGAUAUAUCAUGAAGAGAUAGAGUUCGUGUGACUCGCGUCAUGUUAGACCGGUUUUCCUCACAAUAUUGAAUAUUGUCUAAUGCACUUUUCACAUGUACACUGCUACUCCAUAGCAUAUUCAUAUGGUGUCUUGCGUAAUUGCGUGCAUGGGAUGGCUAGUCACCAGUCACCACACACAGGCUGUCAGGCAAUAAGUCUGUGUCCUUAAUCUUGUUUUAGCUGUUAUAUGUUAGUGUGUGCAACUAAAAAUUUGGGUAAUUAAUGAUAUCUUUUUGGUAGACCGUUGAGAUUAAA